CCGAAAUCUUUUCUACAUGACAUGAUGAUUGAAUGCGUACCUCUUUAUAUAGCAGAAAUUGAGAUUUCUAGCUUAUCUUCUUUGCAUCAAUAAUUAAUUAAUAUAACAACAUGCGGAUAUCACCUCUUUACCUACUCCUAAGCCUAUGCCCCCAGGCUAUUCUCGGGCAGAAAGAUAGCGACAAUGUUGAAGGCACAAUAGACGUAAAUGGCUUCAACGCACAAGAUCCGCUCCAAUACGGUUCCAUGAACCCACCACCCCGCCACCAACGCGAACUUGAAAACCUCCAAACGCGCCUCUCAAAAACGACAGGGACGUACAAUCAAUUCCACCCUCGCUACCGGCUCCUCGAUGCGCUAUGGAGCUACUCGUCCUACCAGACGCUGAAUCUUGCGGAGCUAAACCGCUGGCGCUCGCUGUAUAAGAACAUGGGGAAGAAGCAGAGGAAGUCCCUCGAACAUCUAAUACACUACACCGCCAAGCUUGACCGCAUCGAAACCGAGAUCGCGACCAACGCGAAGCUGGCGGAUGAGAUCGUCGCAACGGCGCUGGACUUCUACUCCGUUAGCCGGGAAGAGCUGGACGCGCAUGUCAAGGAGGAAGGCGAGAAGAAGGGGAGGAAGCCGGAUCGGAUCAGCGUUGCCCAGACGAUGAAGCAUUAUGUCAGAGACUGGGCGGUUGAGGGGAAGAAGGAGAGAGAUGAUGCGUUUCCUUGCUUGUUGGAGAUCAUGAAGGGCCUGAAGAAGGAGAUGCUGAGAGUUGUGGAGGGCGAGGAGACGGAGGAGCUGAAGGUUGUGUUGCCAGGUGCGGGACUGGGGAGGCUGGGGAGUGAGAUUGACUUCUUAGGCGAUUUCGAAGUCACGAUCAACGAAUGGUCAAUGUACAUGAACGUCGCGUACCGCUUCAUCAACCAUCCGACCCCUCGCGCCCCGGAUAUGCAUACCUUCCAUCCCUUCAUCGAUGGUCUCUCCCACCAUGCCACUAAUGACGACCUCCACCGUGCCGUGACGUUUCCUGAACUUCCUCCCUGGCCAACUGUGCUGCUAGUUGAAGGAGAUUUCACCACAGCAUUCAACAACCAAGAGGGAUAUUACGACAUAGUCGUCACGCACUUCUUCAUUGACACGGCGAGGAAUUUGAUAUCUUAUUUUGAAACCAUCAAGAAAAUCCUGAGAAAAGGUGGUAAGUGGGUCAAUCUUGGACCGUUAUUAUACGGAACGGGUCCUUUCGUGCAAUUGAGUCUCGAUGAGAUCUUGGUGGUAGUCGAGGGCAUGGGUUUUGCAUUUGAGGAAGUCGUGAAAGACGGGAGCACGGACGACGUGUGCGGUCAACCGACUUUCGAGGGGAACAAGGUCCGCAGUUUAGAGGCGGAGUACGGAUUCAAUGGGCGGGCGUUGACCAAGAAUGCAUACAAGGCGCAGGUUUGGGUAGCGAAGAAGUUGUAGGCUGUGGACAAGUUGAGCACCACAUAGAUCCCGCAUGUUUAUAUUUGAUGUUGCUUUGAAAAUCACUGAUCCAGAAGAUAUUGUUAGAUGGAUCUUGUCUUCUUGGGCUCUUAGUUGGUUUGCUUGAGGUUUCGAUACCAGAAAAUAUUUCUAUUCAAG